AUGCCUGCCUAUAUUGUCUUCUCAACGAAAGGAUUCUGUCCUGGAUGCUUUUCUGCCCCAGUGGUUAUUUGGCUCGUGGAAGCUUUAUAUCUGGCAAAUUCUAUGGUGCAUCCUCUCGUCUACAGUUUCAGAAUGAAAAUUUUCAAAGACGUAUUUAACAAAUUCCGGAGAAAACGACGACAGAACAUAAGACCAAUUCAGCAAAAUAAUUUGGGCUUUAGUCUAGAAGGUUCAUUUACUCCAACACUUUUGAAUACAAUAAUUUGAGCAGCCUAAAGUAGAGUAAUAACGCUCACUGUAUAUUAUAAUUGAUUAAGUAUUAAAAGAGGUGUUGACUUGACGCGGAGAAAAAGACGACAGAACACAAGUCCAGCUCAGCAAAAUAGUCCGUGCUUUUGCUCAAUACUUUCGACCUGCCUGAAGUAGAAAAAUAUUUAUAUUUACUCUACUUUAGGCUGCUCAAAUCAUUGUGUGUUGGAGUAAAUGAACCUUCUAGACUAAAGCCCAAAUUAUUUUGCUGAAUUGGUCUUAUGUUCUGUCGUCGUUUUCUCCGGAAUUUGUUAAAUACGUCUUUGAAAAUUUUCAUUCUGAAACUGUAGACGAGAGGAUUCACCAUAGAAUUUGCCAGAUAUAAAGCUUCCACGAGCCAAAUAACCACUGGGGCAGAGAAGCAUCCAGGACAGAAUCCUUUCGUUGAGAAGACAAUAUAGGCAGGCAUCCAAAACACAAGCGAUACAGUAUCUUUCUUUGGUCUACAAAUACAGUAUUAAUACUGAGAAAUAAUACAAGAACGAUAUUUUCUUGAGAUCGGCAAGUACAGUGUACUGCGACCUUUUCAACUGUGCGCGAAUUGUUCCGAUUUAAGGGAACUAGACAACAGAACAAGAAAAGACAUGCCUUCAUCGACGUCCAUUUUCUUCGUGGUCAUCUUCGCACUGGAGGCAGUCAUGAUCAUUAUUGGUAACACGUUUACUAUUUUCGUAUUCUGGAAUCAAAGAUCCCGCUUAAACCGGACUUAUUUCCUUUUGGUUAACCUCGCAAUUGCAGAUUUACUUGUAGGAAUUACAGAACUAACAGUCUUGGGAGCUUUCAAAUUUGAGGUCAUGCUAGAGAGUGACUCACUAUUGAGGAUGCAAAGACAAUCAAAUCCUUCGGUUGCUUUUCAACUUUUGUUUCCGAGUACGUCUGUCUUAUUUCUCGCACUUGUCUCCUUGGAACGUGCUUUCUCCGUGUUAUGGCCAAUCCGUCAUCGCUCCAUAAGCAGUCGAGUUUACAUAAAGAGCAUGGUUUUUGUGUGGGCAGUUGGCCUUUGUUUCUUUGCUUUAACCCUCGUCGCCAUUCAUUACCCAGAGGUGAAACAGGAAUAUGUCUUUAUAGCAAGUAACACAGGUCUUUUUAUUUCCCAACUGAUAAUCUGUACAAGUUACCUUAAAAUACGCAAUCGGUUGUGCGCAUCAUCACUAGGGCUUGAUAUUCAUAGCCAUCAAUUACAGGCACACAAUCUACGGCUUUCUAAAACGCUUUGCAUCACAAUCGCUUCGUCACUUGUGUUUUGGAUACCUGGUUUUGUAGUUUAUUCAACUAGAGAAUUUUGUCCUUUAUGCUUUCCUGUACCAGUAGUCUGGUUCGCGAACGCUAUGUAUCUGGCAAAUUCUAUGGUGAAUCCCUUCGUCUACAGUUUCAGGAAGACAAUAUUUAAAGACGCUUUAAGGAAAUUCUGCAGGAAAAGACAACAGAGCAUAGGGCCAGGCCAGCAAGUUGGCAUUCACACAGUCUUGUAUUUUGACUAUGAAAAGCCUGUCACUUAUUCAACCAAAGGUAUACCAACAUCUACGGUUUUGAGUUGAUAUGUCAAACUAGGGAUAGCAAUAUGUUGACGCUGAUUGUAAAAAAUGAUGACUGAAAUAGGCUGUGGUUGCAUUGUGUUUGCAGUUGAAACAAUGCGAGGUAUAAACUUGUGGAAAGCCCAUUUGCACUGAUCAACGCAUAGACUAUUCACAGUCCCCUACUUUUCGUAAGAUCGUCAGGAUGGAGCGCUUACCGCCGGAAUGGGUGCCAUCGUGGUCGACGAUCUUACAGAAAAAUAGGCGACUGGGAACAGUGUAAUUCAGUAACACACGGAGCAGUACUGUAAAAUACCAUAGUAAAAGGGAGUUUUAAUUUUGAAUGUUAGUAGGUAGUUUUAAUUGCUCAACGUUUUUCCGUAAGACUUUUCGUAGUGAGGCAUGAAAUUAUUGAUUCAAACACAGUUUGAACAGUAAUAAUUGAAAACUACCAGGACAGCCAGCGAAUACGACCACUACAAAAACUGUGUGAAAAACUUUCUCCAGGUUGCAUCAUCUUAUAAUUAAACUCUUUUUAAUCUCUCUAUUAAGGCUUUGCAAGGGGGUGGUGGAUAAAUAAACACGAAUGAUUUGCAAUGACAAUUAUACCUUAAACCCCUGUUGCCCAUUAGAAGUAACUUUUACGAGAUGAUUCAGUAAUUUUUAAAUCAAUUUUACUUUUUAUUCAUACAACUUAAAAAAAUGUUGUGUGUAUGAAACAACCAUCUUUUUUGCAGCAGUUGCGCAUCCAAGCAAUAAUUCGCCCAUUCAAAGGAAGUGCACAUACAACAGGGCAUUAAUGCUAUCUUGUAAGCCAUUUCUCUGAAAUAAAGCAAAGAAAGCAGAGAGGGGCGUCUAAAUAUCAUGGUGUGAUAUUCUUAGGGCUACUAUAGCUGUGUCCGGGACAAUCUGAUUUAAAAAUCCGUACUGGCAAGGAGAAUUAUGGUAUUUAAAAAGGUACAAAAUAAAGCAUUUAGAAUGGUGGUGUCUUCAGGCGGAGUAGAGCGUAAAUUAGAACGAUUUAUGCUCUACCAGGGCAUCCAGCAAUAUGAGCGAUUUUUAGUCACACAAAAGAGACUGUGUAGAUUCGAGAAUUGCAUAAGGAGUUGCCAAGCGCAUAGCAAAAAUAAUGUAUUACUGAAACUGCAAAUGCUGUUCUUCAAAAACGGCAAUAUCAGAUGUCCCAGGUGAAAUACCCACUUGUCACUUGUAUAUGUUUGCAGAAUAUAUACAGUUGUUUGGAGUAAAGACCUAAAUCACUCGUAUUGCACUAAAAAAGCUAACUACGCAGGCUUCAUGAUGGGCAAUGCACAAUUUCAAAGAAGACCGCGAGGAUAUUGUAAAUGGACAUAGGUCCCUCUCUACCAGGAGACACCAGCCUGGUUUCUGGCGUGGAAAAGACCACCUUGAAGAGGGUGUAAGGGUCUUUGAUCUUUCGUUAGUAAUCCGUCUUGUGAUAUGGUGCGACAUUCGUGGAUCCUGAAAUGUUUAGAGAUGGUCGGAACGCCAAGAGUAUCAUCGUCAUCGCUGUCAGUCGGUUCGACUGAGACCGUUCUAGGGAGCAGCAUGGUUUGAUAAGUCUCCUUCAGGUAGGCCUGUCGUUGGCUUUCUCCUGCCAUCGAGAUCGAUGUUUCUCCAUUUCAUGCUUCUCUUUACAACAUCUUUGAACCUUAAUCUAGGCCUCCCUUGAUUACGCAUUCCCAAACAGAGUUGAAAGUAUGACGGCUGCCUUGGUAGUCUGUUAAUAUCUAUCCUAUGCACGUGACCCAGCCAUCUGAGAUUUUUCUCAAUCAGAAAGUCAGCCAUUGAUGGUAGUCCUGUAAGGCAGAGAAUUUCCACAUUCGUGAUCUUGUCCUUCCAUGGUACGUUCAUUAUUACUCUUAGAUGUGCCAUGAUAUAAGCAUGGAACUUCUUCACUUGACUCUGAUAUAUUGCCCAUGUUUCAGCACCGUACGGGAGGGAAGAAAGGACAACAGCUUGAUUGACUUUGCACAUGACUUUAAUAGACAAAUGCCGGCCUUUCAAUAGCCUGUCCGGUAGUUUUACAAAAGCAGCACUUGCAUUUCCCAUCCUGUAUCUGAGCUGGCAUUGUUAGAGAUAGUGCUUCAUGGGCAUUUGAAGUCGUAACACUGCACCUGGGCCUCUUGAUUGACAGUUAUAGUUGUUGGCUCAGGAGCUGGAUCUAGGUUUUGCAUUGGCUGGCAUAAGCGCUCUGUUUUCUUAUUGUUGAUCUCAGGAAAAAUUGGGCGGCAGCUCUGGUGAACCUGUCCACCAGAUUCUGAAUAUUAUCAGCACUGUGGGGAACUACAGCAAACAUCAUUUCCCUCACUAGCAUCUAGGUUGUGCGUGUUUUUGCUCUGAAAAGGGUUACGUUAAACAGUUCAGUAUCAAUACGAAUUUGGAUGAGGAUACCGUCCCCAACACCGUCAAAGGCUACUUUAAGCAUCGCAGUGUCGGAGCGAGCACGCAACCUUGCUUAACUCAUCAGUGAUAGCAGUUCCUUGGAGAUGGAGUUUCCUUGAGUCACAUGUGUUGCUUGCAUUUUGUUGUGCAGUGCCCUCACCAGACUGAUAAAUUCAGCAGUACAUACAUACUUUCAGAGCAGUACAUACAUACUUUCCGAGCACUUGUAUUAAGAGCCUUUGUGAAUUAGGUCGAUAAAAAUGGCAUACAGGCUUGUAACUGUCGCAGACAGAAGAAGAUCAUAUCCACACUGCCUCUACCUCUGCGAAUUACCACAUCGAGUCUCACACAAGAUAUUGGGAACUAUGUGUUCGUUCAAUCUGUUGAGGAAUAUGCGAACCAAGAUAUUUUCGGCUAUUGAGAGAAGAGGAAUACCUCGAUAAUUCCCACAGUCCUUUCUACUUCCCUUCUCGAAGACUGACACGAUAAUGGGAUCUUUCCAGUCUUUUGGUGUUUCCCAGAUCUGCAAAACCAGUUUGUACAAGCUAGAGGCGAGUAUCACAGCCACAAUGUUUCCAGAUUUCGGCAGCUAUACCACACCUUCCAAGGGCUUUACCUUCCUUUCUUGCACUGAUGGCAUUCACAGCUCCUCCAAUUCAGGAUUUCCAUCAACAAGUGUAAUGUUCGGCCUCGUUGCAAUGGUGUCCACGGCAGAGCGAUCAACCUUUCCUGUCAUGUUAAGUAGCUGGUCAAAUUGGUUUGCAAAUCUAUCGA